AUGACUUGGUUCAUUCCGGGUCAUUCAAUGGAGACAUUUCCCGUGGAAACCCAGUUGAUCAUUGAUUCUGGAGCAGAGGUCGCAUUACACGGCUAUUGUCACGAAGACUGUACGAGACUAAGCACACAGCAAGAGAAGGACAUCUUCGAGAAGUGCAUCAAACUUGCUCAAUCUCUCACUGGAAAGAAGCCUGUUGGAUACCGAGCGCCCCUCUAUCGACUACGAGAAGAAACGAUUGAGUUGCUCGAGAGUGAAGGCUUCUUAUAUGACUCUUCACUAAGCGAUCACGAUUCUCAGCUAUAUCAACUCACAAAAGGGCCGUCACCAGUACCGGUAGACUAUUCACAGCCUGCACAGACUUGGAUGCGACCCUGUGCUUUGCCAGAGCCUUCCAAAGUCGUCGAGAUCCCCGCCAACUGGUACAUGGAGGAUAUGACACCCUUGCAGUAUCUACCGAACGUGGAAAACUCGCAUGGAUACGUGCCGUCUCAGUCGAUUGAGAGGAUGUGGCAAGACAGAUUCACUUGGCUUUGGAAUCAUGGACCGGACGGCGAAGGUCCUGCGGAUUUCGUGUUUCCGUUAAUCUUGCAUCCUGAUACAUCUGGAAUGGCACACAUUAUUGGAACUAUUGAGAGCAUGGUGCUGUGGAUGAAAGGUCAUGGAACACAAGUUGAGUUCGUCACCUAUGAGACGGUAGCGAGAUCAUAUUUGAGUCGAAAGGGGCAUGCAUGA